AGAAAAGUGCGGGGAAUGAAAAUUCGUGGGGUGGGGGGUGGGCUGAGCUGCUGCCGAGCCCAUCCCAGCUUGCAGUUGCUAAUCGCACAGGACAGAGCUCACAGCUGUAACAGAGGGGCCGUAGUGGCAAUGGCGGACGAGCCGGCUGCAGAGGAAGCACCACCAACAGAGGCUGUCCCUGAAGAAGUCCUGUCCGCAUCACAGGUCUCCAAGUCACGUGAUCCCAACCGUACAAUCCUGUACAGACACUGGAACCGCCCGACACACCUACAGUAUAACUAUAUAUAUGACUACCGCCACAACUAUUACAAUGACGUCAUUGACUAUCUGGACAGAAAGACAAAGGGUCUCAACAGGGACAUCCCACGGGCUCAGACUUGGGCUGAGCGUGUCCUUCGCACGUACACUAAGGACACCAAAUCAGCAGCUUUCCAAAGCAGACAUAGGGACAUUGAACUUCUGAACUCCAUCCGGGCCAGCAACAGCUUUUAUCGUCUCCACAACAGGGACUAUCUAGUUAAGCGAUAUCCAGCCCUUGGCUAUUGAACACAUCUGAAGCCAAGAUCAACAGAUGUGUUUUCAUGUUAACUGGCUAUUUGGUUCCAGAUGCAUGGGAUGGUAUGUGAAUUAAAUGUUGGUUAGUGAACAUAAUGUUGUAUCCCUUAAAAGACAAAAUAUCUUACACAUUUUUCCUACUUGAUUACUAGGUAUUACAGGAAGUUACCUAACAUAACAUCUAAAAUAAAAGUAAACGUUGUGUUCUGCAAUAGAACAUUAGGUAACAUGUUUGAAACCUCCAGAACUAUGCAAUGAAUAUGUCGUUUCUCACAUCGGUUGUAUUUUAUUUCAAAUUUUCAUUGUCCUAUGAAAUCAUCCUGGUACAUAACAGCACAUAACUGCAAAUAUAGAAAAGUACUGAUUUCCAUUAUGUUGUAAGAUUGUAUACUGUCCUUAAGCCACUUGUCACUGCCAAAAUUCAGUACUUCAUUAGUUAAUAUUUGAAAUGACCCAGUUUCUAUGAAAUGAACCAUAUUAGAAUAUUACUUAAUAACAAUGUGAAAUAAAGGAUGCAUAUAUAUACUUGUUAUUUUAAAUAAUGUUAUAUUUGUAUUCGCUCAUAUUUGCUGUUUGUUUAUUAAUUCGGCAUAUGUUUUUGAACAUGAUGGUUCUGAAUAUCAAAGAUUGUACAGA